AUGGCGGAAUUAAAAGAACCUACAGAUAUUGAUCUACAGCCAACCGAUAUAAAAUCAGAGCGUAUGGAUGUCGCGAUGGACUUGGACCCUGAAGUGAUGCCUAUUGAGCUAAGGCCUCCAAAGCGGAAGCACAGGCGCAACUGGCAAUCUGGUGUCCGAUUCACUACCAAGGUUGGCGUUACUGGGACUUCAAUAGAUAAGAAUGCAGAAUGCCUCUAUAUGGACGAAGAAGUCAUUAUUAUGCGACCUCCUGGGGGAUAUGUAGAGAAGAAUGAACAGCGGAUUUUGGCACAGGACCAGACAGUGGAGACGUCAAAAGCUGUGCGAGCAAUGGUUCUCAGUAAAAGACUACAAACCCCCAUUGGCGUUAUUAUCGGCAACCAAAAUACCAUUCUCAAACAAACAAUGCCACAUCGUUUCAGUGUUAUGGACUUCUUUAUCAUCACAGACAUGUGGCAUGAGAAAGUAGGGAAGUUUGCGGCGGUCAACGUCAGACAGACUUCAAAAGCUCGAUUUAACGAAAAAAAGCUGGUGGGCUGA